UCCUGCUUUUCCCCCUCUUUCAUUCCUUUUGCCUUCCUUUCUUUUUUCCCCCUCUCUUCCCCUAGCAGCAACUCCAGAGCCGAGAGACCGCGUCCCGGGACGGACUGCCUUUUCUUAAUUGAUACAAUAGCCCAGCUCGGGUUUUCCACCUCCUCCCCCAACCCCACCCCGCCUCACCCCUCCCGCCCGCUGCCGCCGCCGCCGCCGCCGCCACCGCCGCCCCAUCGCCCGCCCGGGGCUCUGUCGCCGGCUGCGUCCCGUCCCGGCCGCGGCCCGCCAGCUCCGCAUCCGCGCUCGGGCCGCAGCGCCCGCCUCGCCGCCCCGCCGCCUCGCCCGCCGCGCCCGCCGCUCCUGCCUCAGGGGUGCCGCGGCGGCUCUGGGGCUCGAGCGCGCCGCCUGGGGCAGCCCAGGGACAUUUGGGCUCCGGCCUCUCCACUCGCCUCAGCCAGGGAGCUUUCUCCCUCGCCCCCAAAGUUUCUGGGUUCGUUGGAAUUUUUGGAUUCAGGAUUUUUUUUUAAAUUCUUUUUUUACAUAGGAAUUUUGGGGCCAUACUGCAAUACUUUUGACAAAUCGACCGCACUUCCUCUCCGCUAGCUCUCUGUCCCCUUCUUUUUUUCCGAGCAGGGAAAGGGGCUUAGGAGAGAGAGGCUCCCUCUGGACAAAGUUUUCCAAAGUUUUCCGAGUGUGAUGGUAGCGGGGAGAGCAAACCCACCAGCUUGACUCACGGCUUCAUCUCACCACCCCUUGAGCAGCCCCUAAGCCCGCUAUAAAGGAACAAACAAACAAACAAACAAACAAAGUUACACCCCAGUCGCCUCGUGUCUCCUCUCUUCUUUUAGGCAAUUUUUUUUCCUCCCUCUCUCCGCUCCCCUCGCAGCCUCCAUUCCCCUUCCCUCGGCCCCUUCCUCCUCAUUCUCUGUUUCGGCUGGAGGUGCCAGGACCCCCGGCCGCAGCCUCCCCUCCCCCGCCGCUCCGGUCCCCUCCCGUCUGGCCCUCCCCUCCCCCGCCGCGGCCAGCACAGCCAAUCCCCCGAGCGGCCGCCAACAUGCUCUUUGAGGGCUUGGAGCUGGUGUCGGCGCUGGCCACCCUCGCCGCGUGCCUGGUGUCCGUGACGCUGCUGCUGGCCGUGUCGCAGCAGCUGUGGCAGCUGCGCUGGGCCGCCACUCGCGACAAGAGCUGCAAGCUGCCCAUCCCCAAGGGAUCCAUGGGCUUCCCGCUCAUCGGAGAGACCGGCCACUGGCUGCUGCAGGGUUCUGGCUUCCAGUCGUCGCGGAGGGAGAAGUAUGGCAACGUGUUCAAGACGCACUUGUUGGGGCGGCCGCUGAUACGCGUGACCGGCGCGGAGAACGUGCGUAAGAUCCUCAUGGGCGAGCACCACCUCGUGAGCACCGAGUGGCCUCGCAGCACGCGCAUGUUGCUGGGCCCCAACACGGUGUCCAAUUCCAUUGGCGACAUCCACCGCAACAAGCGCAAGGUCUUCUCCAAGAUCUUCAGCCAUGAGGCCCUGGAGAGUUACCUGCCCAAGAUCCAGCUGGUGAUCCAGGACACACUGCGUGCCUGGAGCAGCCACCCCGAGGCCAUCAACGUGUACCAGGAGGCGCAGAAACUGACCUUCCGCAUGGCCAUCCGGGUGCUGCUGGGCUUCAGCAUCCCCGAGGAGGACCUUGGGCACCUAUUUGAGGUCUACCAGCAGUUUGUGGAGAAUGUCUUCUCCCUGCCUGUUGACCUGCCCUUCAGUGGCUAUCGGCGGGGCAUUCAGGCUCGGCAGACCCUGCAGAAGGGGCUGGAGAAGGCCAUCCGGGAGAAGCUGCAGUGCACGCAGGGCAAGGACUACUCGGACGCCCUGGACCUCCUCAUUGAGAGCAGCAAGGAGCACGGGAAGGAGAUGACCAUGCAGGAGCUGAAGGACGGGACCCUGGAGCUGAUCUUUGCAGCCUAUGCCACCACGGCCAGCGCCAGCACCUCACUCAUCAUGCAGCUGCUGAAGCACCCCACCGUGCUGGAGAAGCUGCGGGAGGAGCUGCGGGCUCAUGGCAUGCUGCACAGCAGUGGCUGCCCCUGCGAGGGCGCACUGCGCCUGGACACGCUCAGCGGGCUGCGCUACCUGGACUGCGUCAUCAAGGAAGUCAUGCGCCUGUUCACGCCCAUUUCCGGGGGCUACCGCACUGUGCUGCAGACCUUCGAGCUCGAUGGUUUCCAGAUCCCCAAAGGCUGGAGUGUCAUGUACAGCAUCCGGGACACCCACGACACAGCGCCUGUGUUCAAAGACGUGAAUGUGUUCGACCCCGAUCGCUUCAGCCAGGCGCGGAGCGAGGACAAGGACGGCCGCUUCCAUUACCUCCCAUUCGGUGGCGGUGUCCGGACCUGCCUGGGCAAGCACCUGGCCAAGCUGUUCCUGAAGGUGCUGGCGGUGGAGCUGGCCAGCACCAGCCGCUUUGAGCUGGCCUCGCGGACCUUCCCCCGCAUCACCUUGGUCCCUGUCCUGCACCCCGUGGACGGCCUCAGCGUCAAGUUCUUUGGCCUGGACUCCAACCAGAACAAGAUCCUGCCGGAGACAGAGGCCAUGCUGAGCGCCACAGUCUAACCCAAGGCCCACCUGCCUCAGCCCAGCCCAGGCAGCGGGGUGGUGGUGGUGGGAGGUAGAAACCUGUGUGUGGGAGGGGGCCGGAAUGGGGAGGGCAAGUGGCCCCCAUACUUGCCCUUCCCUGCCCCCCCUCCCUGGCAAACCGUACCCAAAGCCAGUGGGCCCCAUCCUUCCUAGGGCCGUGCUCCACUUCUGGCUCCCGGUUCCCUCCAGCCACUCCCCAUUUCCCAUCAGCUCAGCCCCUGGGAAGGGCGUGGUGGGGGCUCUGCAUGCCCGUGACAGUGUUUGGUGUCAGCGCGUGCUACAGUAUUCUUGUGAUGUUCUGAAAUGCUCCCUUCCCUCCGUUCCUUUUGGACCCUUUUAGCUGGAGCCCGGGGACGGGAAGAGCGGUGCCCCCUUUGGUGCACUCUUCAGCGCCUCCCUCUGCUGCGCCCCCACUGCAUCUGCCCAGGAGCAGCAUCCUGGGUAGCAGAACAGGAGUCAACCUUGGCAGGGUGGGGGCUGCCUCCAACCUGGAGACUGCCCUUCCCUGUGCCCCGUUCCCACCCUGCCUCACCGGUUUGAACAUUUGAAAUUACCUAUUGCUGCUACUUGUUCUGUCCUCCGACCUUGGGGCAAAGGAGCCCCAGGCCCUGUCUCCCCAGCAUCCUCCCUGGUGGCCCUGGGCAGGUGCACUGACACCCCCACCUUCCCAUCCCCUGCUGAACCGGGCCCUGUUACACACAUGGGCCUGAGGCCCACGGCUCAUGUGCUACUUACCCCCAUAUUUAUUCACUGAUAGAGAAUCUUGGGGAUGCUGGGGUCUGGAGCGAACAUCUCCUCCCCUUCACGCCCUAGCCUGUGUUCCAGCUGUCUUGGCAAGACUUCUGUGAGUGAAGACGAAGGGGUCUGUGGUCAAACCCAGCCCCCGGGCCUAGGGUUGAAAGCCUUCCCCGGCUCCAGGCAUUAUUUGGGUUUAAUCUUGGAGGCUCACUCCUGGGCUGAAUGAAGUCCAGUGCCUCUGCCUUGUCCCUGGUGGAGAUGGGACAUGGCCCAUUGCCCCCUCCCUCUCCUGUCAAAAACCCUGAUCAGGUAGAUUUGGAGGCGGCCGCCAGUUCCUGCUUGGCCCCUGUUCACCCCAGUGCCCCUGACUCCAGUGCAUCAGUUUGGGGAAGGAUACGGGUUCUUCUGACGGGGAGCCAGAGCCUCCGUCUUCCCUUCCUUAACCCUCCCCCUUUGCCCUCCACCCUGUAAAAGGUGUCCUUGAAGUCCCUUCCACCUCUAUGCCACUGUCUGCUUAGCCCAGCUCAGGGGUGGGGAAGAGGCGAAAGCGUGGGGGAGGUGAGUGCAGCGGCAGUUCUGCCUCGGAGCUGACUCCAGGGCCCUGUGUGGUCUCCGGACAGCUGCGGGAAGGCUGCUGCAGCUAGAGCUGACGAGGCGGCUAUGUGCAGUUUGUCAGGGGGAUUGGGUUGAAAACUGGCCAGUCAGGAUGACUGGGCGAAAGAGGAGUAGCUCCUACCACUGGCGUUUUGAGUGUUGGCAAUUUGGGGUGCCUCCUGGGGAUGCUGUGGGGGCCUUUGGUGAGUCUCUAAGCAAUUGUGUCUGUUUUCAGAUUUCCCUUGCCUUUGUGUUUCUCUAUUGGUUUUUGAAACAUCAAAAACCAAUUUGGUUUUGUAAAAGCAAUGAAUCUUCUUUACAAGAAAAUCGAAAACACAGAAGAAUGAAGGACAUGCCAGUCCCCGAUUGCUGCUGUGAGCACCUCAGCGGCUCCCUCCAACCAGAUACCGUAGGCAGCCCCACAGACUGAGCCUGGCCCCACUCACCGCCACCUUGACGAUGGACUAUAGGAACGGGCCCAUACCACACAGACUGCUCUCCAAUCCCCGAGUCUCAGAUGUUUCAUUUAUUUCCUACUUUUCCACUACUAAAAAACAGUGUGGAACAGACAUUAUUGGCAAAAUUGAUCAUCCCCAAUCCUGAAAAACAGGCCGGAAUGGGUAAAGACUUGUCAAAGCUUGCAACAUAGCUACAUGGUGCACCCGAACCUGUACCCACCCAUUCCCCCAACACAAAACGAGUGUCUGGAAGGUUCAUUUGCCUUUAAACUGAUCCAGCUGGCCCUAAACCAAUUGUUUUUGACUGAGUAUCUAGGAGAGCAGUAAGUGGAACUUCAGACAACAAACCCACUGGGUCUGGUCCAGGUGACGGGCAGGAGGCAUGGGGCUGGGAGGUCUCAGGGGCCUUGCCUGGGGGUGGCCAGCCUGGUAGGGGCAGAGAAGGAAAAGCUGAGGGGGGUUCCUGUGAGGGAGGAAAGAAGGAUCAUUUGCCCCGCUGGGUAUCAAAGGCAAUGAGAAGAGAGCCGAAGAAAGCUCUGGCUGGCUGACAGGACCCCUGUGUUGUAAUUGGUCCCUCCUUUCAGCUCUCUGGUGAGAUUCCCGUGUCUGUGUGUGCGUGUGUGUUUCAUAGAGCUAGCGUUAGAUGGGUGAUGUUUCUUACUUAUCAUCCCUAACUAUUGUAACUUGACCUUAAAAAGACAAAACCCCACAAAACUCUUCCUGCCACGGGCUUGCAGAUUGAAGCACUUUCGAUGUUGGGCGCUGGCGUUUGUGUUCUGGGCACCACCGUGACCCUGCCCAGAUGGCUAUAUUAUUUUAUACACAAACAUGUUUUUCAUAAAUGUUAUAAUUUUGUGUCUGUCUUUAUAAACUAUUAUAAGUGCUAUUUUUGUUAUAAUUCAAAAUAGAUAUUUAGUAUAAAGUUUUUGCUGUUAAAUAUUUGUUAUUUAGUAAAAUAUGAAUUUUGUUCUAUUGUAAACAUGGUUCAAAAUAUUAAUAUGUUUUUAUCACAGUCGUUUUAAUAUUGAAAAAGCACUUGUGUGUUUUGUUUUGAUAUGAAACUGGUACCGUGUGAGUGUUUUUGCUGUCGUGGUUUUAAUCUGUAUAUAAUAUUCCAUGUUGCAUAUUAAAAAAAUGAAUGUUGUGCAUUUUGUGAUUUUGGAAAUACUCAAUGUGGCUCUUUUAUAGGCUUCUAUAAUAAACCGUGGGGACUCGC